ACUAUUGAGCAAGCUAACUGGCUUGAAGUUGUUUUUACAGAAAUUAAAUGAAUGUUCCAUGUAUAUUUAACUGUGUGCCAAGUAAGAUGAGAACCGCAAGCACGUAUAAAGAAUUCAAAUCAGCUGCUGUAGUUUGCAAUAAUCCUCUAUCAUGCACGGUCGGAAAAAAUAUUUUGCUGGAGGGAGGAUCAGUUGUUGACGCUGCUAUUGCGUCUAUGCUAACAUUGGGAGUCGUUUCGUUCCAAAGCGCCGGCAUAGGUGGUGGAUUCUUCAUGAUUUAUUAUGAUGCAACGACAGGAAAAGAUUAUUUCAUUGAUGCAAAAGCAACCGCUCCUUCGCAAGCAAGCUUUGACAGUUUUAAGGAUACAGAGUCCAGACGGUUUGCUAGAACAUUAGGUGGUACCUCUAUUGCCACCCCUGGUGAGGUUCUGGGGUACUGGGAGGCACAUCAGCGAUUUGGAAAACUUCCAUGGUCACGAUUGUUUGAACCCGCUAUCCACGCAGCAGAAACUGGUUUCGAAAUGACUAAGUCAUGUGGUAAAUGGUUGACAAGAAUGAUGAGAGAUACGAAUAAAAAUGAAGAUCUAAGAAACUUUCUUUCUUGGCCAAAUGGCACUUUCAAGCAAGCUGGUGAUAUUAUUAAAAAUGAGAAGUUGGCAAAGACUUUGCGAGUUAUAGCUAAAGAAGGAGCGAAUGCAUUCUAUAAAGGAUCACUGACAGAUUCCAUACUGGAAGAUAUACGCGACGGAUUUGGAUUUCCGUCAACUAUCACCUCCAAAGAUUUAGAGGAAUACAAAGUCUUAAUUGAACGUUCUCUCAAAAUCAAAUUUGAUGACUUUGCUCUAGUGACAACAGGCGCUCACGGCGGGGGACCUGUACUUGCUUUUAUAUUGAAGAUUCUUGAAGGUUAUAAUUUCGACGUGGACGACUUGAAGAAUAACGAGAUUCUGACUUAUCAUCGGAUUGUUGAAGCCAUGAAGUUUGCGUUUUGCAAAAGAGUAAAGUUGGGUGAUCCGAAUUUCCAUAAAGAAGUCAACGAGAUUGUUAACAAAAUGAUGUCGGACAAAUAUUGCAAAACUGUGAGAGAGAAAAUAGACGAUUUUCAAACACACCCUAAAGAAUAUUAUCAAGAUAGUUCAUUUGCCACCGUUCCCGAUAAGCCAGGGACGGCACAUUUGAAUGUUAUUGGAGAAGAUGGAAGUGCGGUUUCGAUGACGAGCUCUAUAACAUAUGCCUUUGGAAGCAAUAUUCUAGGACAAAGGACUGGAAUUUUAUUUAAUAAUCAAAACUGUGCGUUUACAAUAGAUACUCGAGAAAAUUCGAACAACACAAUUGAACCAGGGAAACGAGCACUUUCUUCAACUACUCCGGCGAUAAUAUUGAAAAAAUCGUCAGACGGUACAAAAGUGAAAAUGAUAACGGGAGGUGCAGGGAGCUCUCGAAUUAUAAAUUCCAUUGCAAUGACUAUUAUGCAGCACUUUUGGUUUGGAAAAAGUAUUGACGAAGCUGUCAGAUCCAAAAGAUUACACCAUGCGUGGGAGCCAAAUAUAUUGUACGUGCAGGAAGGGACGAAAGAGGAAAUUAUGCGAGGUCUGAAAGAUCUCGGACAUGAAGUUGAUGUCGAACAAGAUUUUCUUACGUCUGUUCAGACUAUUGCAAGAUUGGACGACGGAACUAUAGCUGCAAAAUGUGAUGAUAGACGAGAAAGCUCCCCCGACGGUUAUUAAAGGACUUUAAAAGCUAUUUUUCCUUGAUAUUCAUAGAACAAUUAAAUAAGGUGUUAUCGUGUGAGGAUGUACAGGAUUCAAUAUACAGUAUAGAAUGUUACUUUACAUGAAUUUAUAAAUACAUUGAACACAGUGG